GAAAACACAGUCGGUAAGCCAGUCCAGUUAAGUCUGACUGGACGUGCCACUGAAUGGCUAAGCGGGGCUUGCUAUGCUAUGUAUCGGUGUAACUUUGUUGGGUGUGUCUACGAUCAACAGGAUAAUAUAUUGACCUAGAGUGAACAGGGAGUCAGACACCAUCUUAAGAGAAACAGACGUGUUCGUGCGAGGCAUGCCAGGAGCACCAGAAAUGCGGAGCAGAUGCCGGGACGGCGCCUCUUCCAGUCACCGUCCGAGGCGCCUAUAAACUUUGUCGGCGGCGAGUCGGCCUUGCCGGCGCCCGGGUGAGCCGACAAUGGCCGAUGCUCCAGAGGUCAGCAAGCCGUUCGAGUGCACCUCGCCCGGCUGCCGAGCGACGUUCACCAACGAGGACCACCUGAGCUCGCACCAGAAACGCCACGAGAUGUCGCUGCUCCUGCCGGGUGGCAUCACCAUCAGCCGCUCCAACAGCCUGACCCUGGGCGCCGACCUCACGCCGACGCCGACCCGCUUCAUCCGAAUCGGAGAGGAAGUCGGCCUCUUCCAGGACCUGCUGAAGGCCAACCCGUUCGACGAGCAAUUCCGCAAGGCCGCCGAGCAGAACAAGGCGGCUGCCGUCGUUCAGCUGCCACUGCCGUUCAGCGGCGCCUGCGAUGAGCCGCUCAACACUCCGCACGUGGUGCACCCGGCCGAGGGGGAGCCCCACGCGGCCAAGGACGGCGCCACGCCGGCCGUUGACACGCCCCAACCCCGCCUGGCCAGCCCACACAGGAUGGGCAGCCCGCCACCGGCACACGUGAUCAUCACGCCGUGCAGCCCGCUGGGCGGACGGCGGCGGCCGGCGCGCGCCGACGCCCGCCAGGACGAGACCAUGGCCAUUGAGGACGACAUGGAGGUGGAGGGCCCGUUGGACAUGCGCUCGCCGACGGUGGUGCCACCUGUGGCCGACCCGCUGCUGUCGCCCGCCGCCGUCCACACGCCGACCACUGUGCAAUCCUCAGCAGGUGAGCUCGACCGUGAGCACACCCCGCCAGCCGGGCCAGCCGCUGGCGCAGGCGGUGCCGCCGCUGCGGCCACGGCCGCCGUCCGGCGCUGGUACGCCGCCGGCGCCGCGGCCGCCACCGCCACCACCACCACCGCCACCGCCGCCACCGCCACCGCCGCCACCGCCGCCUGACGCCGUCGAGUUCCAGAUCAAGCUGUCCGACGGACAGGUGAUCCCGCUGACGAUGCAGGCGCCCCGAGCGCCGCCGCAGGCCACCGCCGGCACCGGCACCGC